CGCGUCCUCGCUUGCGGACCGCAGGAGCCCCCGUUCGGCGCAGGGCACUUGAAUCCCGCUCGCGGCGGAGCAAAGAACCGGGACGAGAUUUACUGCUUCAUUCCCAGAAACGUCGCUUCCACCUGCGAGCGAGUUUUGAGCAGCCGGCUGUGGAUUUUAUAUUUGCUUCCCCACAAACCAAGGUUAGUCGGGUGGCUUUGGCUUUUUGGGAAGGAGCCCUGACCCGGCCCCGCUGUGUGCGAUGGAUUGAGGCGUGCCCGGCUGCGCCCCGAGCCCGGCCCCCGCCCGCAGCCCACAUAGAUGCGAUGGAAAAUCGGGGGCUCUUCUGCACCCUCUGUUACCUGAUGUUCAACGCACCUCUGCUGUUCUUCGUCACCGCUACCUUUACUGAAGUUCCCAAAGAUGUGACUGUUAGGGAGGGAGAUGAUAUUGAGAUGCCUUGUGCUUUCCGAGCCAGCGGAUCCACCUCUUACUCCUUGGAAAUCCAGUGGUGGUACCUUAAAGAACCAGCCAGAGAACUUGCACACGAAUUAGCCAUCAGUGUCCCCGGCAGCAGAAGCAAGGUAACAAAUAAGGAUGCAACCAAAAUCAGCACGGUCCGCGUCCAGGGCAACGACAUCUCGCACCGGCUGCGGCUCUCGGGCGUGCGGCGGCAGGACGAGGGCGUCUACCAGUGCCGCGUGGCGGACUACAGCGACGACGAGACGCAGGAGCACAAGGCCCAGGCGCUGCUGCGCGUCCUCUCCCGCUUCGCGCCGCCCGACGUGCAGGCGGCCGAGGCGGUCUCGCACAUCCAGAGCGGCGCGGCCCCGCGCCGCCACGGCCCCGCCGCCCGGCCCACGCCGCCGCCCGGCCCCGGCAAGCGCCCGCCGCCGCCGCCCCCGGCCGAGGGGAGUGCCGCCGCAUCCGCCGCCAGCGCCACUGCCACCGCCUCGGCGGCCGCCGCUGCCUCCUCGGCUUCGCCGCCGCCCGGGCAGGCCGCCAUCCUCCGCCAGCAGCACGGGUCAGGUACAGGACCUAUUUAUGCUACAGAGCCACUCCUAUACAUGUCCCUGUUAAUACUGCAUAAGCUUGUACAUUUAUUAGUAAACCACUGAUGGACUACUUCCUCCACUUCUCCUCAGCCAAACAAAAAGGAACCUAUUUAAAACCAGAACAAACCCCUGACAAAAAAAUACCUACAGUCUUAAAGAUGGACAGAAAGAGACUGAAAGAAGCAUGAUAAAUUCUACGUGGGGGGAAAAACAUAUUUUUGGGGAUGCCACAGAAAGUAAACCACAUAGAAUAAUGCAUCUAGUUUCCAGACUCUAUGGUGUAAAGCCCUGCUCUGUGCAUGGCACUUAUGAUUUCUCUGUUUUAAUGUAAUAUUUUUUCUUUUCUAAACCUUUCCUCUGACACUUCAUUUUGCACGAACUGUUGAGCAGUUAUCUUUAUGACAAUAUGUAAAGAUGUUGGGUCAAAGCCCUUCCUAAGAAAGGAAAUAUUUUUAGUA